CAUGCAGAGCAGACAUGAACAGAGGAAAGAGAUGGAAGGGGCAAGAAGUCAAAGGAUGCAGAAGAGUGAAGAACCUCGGCAGGAAAAUUCAGAGUCUACAAUGCCCUCAAACUACCAUUAGGGCCACUGUCCACACUUUCAAAAUUCCUUCUUUCUAUCUCUCUCUGUCUCUUCCCCACUACCUCACAUGGCAGUCAAGAAGCUGUCUUCUUGUGGGCUGCUCUGUAAAUUCCAUGGAGAAGAGGUUAAGGUGUGAGGAGAGGGGUGGGAUUGGGAAAGGAAAAGUGGAUCUUCUUCUUCUUCUUGUUCUUCCUCCUCCUUCCUACCUUCUUCUUCUUCUUCUCCUCCUCCUCUUCUAGGCAGACAUGUGAGGAGGGGACUUUGAGUGACUUUCUUACUUGGUCCAUUUUGUUAGGAAAAAACAUGCCCUCCAUGUGCCUCUCUCAUCAUUAGCCCCUCCUCUAUCAGAUUCAGGUUCUCAAUUCAAAUCAACAAAAGGAGAUUAAAUAUAAAAUUGCAAUCACGAAUCGCUCAUUUUCUUCCAGAAUUCUCGAAAACAAUAAAAAAUUUUAUGCAUGCUCGCCGUCGGUUUCCAAUAUUUCUUAGCUAAAGUGCGUACCCCGACUCCCCCGUUACAUGUUUUACUGAUGCAAUAUAUGAUGUCUGACGACUCUGACCCCUGAUUUACUUUCUGAAUCCUGAUGACAAAAAUAUUUAGUGGUUAAAGGUGAUCUAAGAGCAAGAAACAGACAUUCAUUCAUGGCUGAGAUCUUGAAGAAUCCAGUUGGUAGUUGAGUGCACGAAUAUAUAUAAAUUUCAUAAAGGAAAAAGAGGAAAGCCCAUUCUUCUUCUUCCUCAAUUAGAAUAGAGGGAAGCUUCAAACUAUCUGUCAAGCAGAGCGGUGUUCUCUGUUAUGAUAUAAAACCUAAUAAAAGAAAAACCUACCCAUUUUCCUCUUUCUUUUUUUUUCUCCCCCUCCUCUUUUUUGGCAUUAAUAAAUCCUUCUCGGGAGACGCUUUUAUCUCCACAGGUCUCAAGAGGGCCCUCCCCCUAAGUAUAAUAGACUGCACAACCCCUUCCCCAUCUCUAUAUACCAAUGUCGUGUUAUCGUAUCGUGUCUGAUUCCUUAUUGAAGUCGGUUGAUGAACCUCGGCCAUUUCGUGGUUGGAAAUCUAAUCGGAUUUCUUGUCAAAUGGUUCUGUGCUGUUUCGGUUCCGUGGUAAUAGUUGCCAGGUCUUGUUAUCGUGGCCAUGGUCAUAUGGGAGGGAAUUUGGCAGUCAGUCUAUACUCUGUCUGUCUCAACCACCUCUAGAGGAGGGGAGAGGGAGGGCUACAGAAGGCCUAUAUAUACUUGUACUUUGUGACAUAAAACCAGACAAAGCCCCAUAACAUUUACAGCUCCCCCUCUCGAAGUCCCUCUCUUUCCCCUUUCUGUCUCUGUAAACAGUUGAGGGGGUUUAGUUAGGAGGGAGAGAGCAAGCCAAGCAACCACAUCAUCAAUGGCUGUCUAUGUUCUGGUUCUUGUGGCACUCAUCCUCUGCUUGCUCUGCCUCUCCACUGCUCUUCUCAAAUGGAACGAGGUCCGGUACCGGAAGAAGGGCCUGCCCCCCGGUACGAUGGGCUGGCCCGUCUUCGGAGAGACCACCGAGUUCCUCAAACAAGGCCCCAACUUCAUGAAGAACCAGAGAGCAAGGUAUGGGAGCUUCUUCAAGUCCCACAUACUGGGGUGCCCGACAAUCGUGUCGAUGGAUCCCGACAUAAACCGAUAUGUACUGAUGAACGAGGCAAAAGGGCUCGUCCCAGGUUAUCCGCAGUCGAUGCUCGACAUACUGGGGAAAUGCAACAUUGCAGCAGUCCAUGGCUCCACCCACAGGUACAUGAGGGGCGCCCUGCUCUCACUAGUGAGCUCCACCAUGAUCAGAGAUCAGCUCUUGCCCAAAAUCGACCACUUCCUGAGAUCUCACCUCAGCAACUGGGACAGCUCCACCAUUGACAUCCAAGAAAAGACCAAAGAGAUGGCACUCCUUUCAUCUCUGAAGCAGAUUGCUGGGAUCGAAUCGGGCCCCAUGUCGGAAGAGUUCAUGCCCGAAUUCUUCAAGCUCGUCCUCGGGACUCUUUCACUGCCUAUAGACCUUCCCGGGACAAACUACCGACGCGGGCUUCAGGCGAGGAAGAACAUCAUAAGCAUGCUGAGGAAGCUGAUAGAGGAGAGGAAGGCUUCCAUGGAAACUCAUGACCAUAGGGACAUGCUUAGCAGUCUGAUGAGAAGUGACGAGAACAGGCAGAAACUGACAGAUGAGGAGAUAAUUGACCAAAUAAUCACCAUACUGUAUUCUGGGUAUGAGACUGUCUCCACCACUUCUAUGAUGGCUGUCAAGUACCUUCAUGACCACCCAAAAGUCCUCCAACAGUUAAGAGAAGAGCACUUGGAGAUCAGAGGAAGGAAAAGGCCGGAGGAUCCCAUUGAGUGGGACGACUUUAAGUCGAUGAGCUUUACUCGUGCGGUGAUAUAUGAGACUUCAAGAUUGGCUACUAUCGUGAAUGGGGUUCUUAGGAAGACCACUCAAGAUAUGGAACUUAACGGAUUCGUAAUUCCGAAAGGAUGGAGAAUAUACAUUUACACGAGAGAGAUGAACUACAACCCGUACUUGUACCCGGAUCCAUUGGUAUUCAAUCCAUGGCGAUGGCUGGAUAAGAGCCAGGAGUCCAUAAACAACAACUUGAUGUUUGGGGGAGGAACAAGGCAGUGCCCCGGGAAGGAGCUUGGGGUUGCCGAAAUCUCGACAUUUCUUCAUUACUUUGUAAUUAGAUACAGAUGGGAAGAAGUUGGAGGGGAUAAGCUAAUGAAGUUUCCAAGAGUGGAGGCACCAUAUGGGCUCCACAUCAGGGUUCAAAAUCUUUACUAACUGAGACUAAUUAUGUAUUAUUGUACAGUGAGAGAGAUUGUAUGAAAGAGGAAGAGGUGGAAUCAUAGUUUUUGUACAAAUAAUAAUUUUUGGUAGAAUAUAUUAGGCAAUUAUUCUUAAUGGAAUCAAACAUCCCCCCUUUGAGCUGGAGCA